AACUUGUUUGUUUACAAAUGUUUCGAAAAACGAAAGGAAUAUAUUUUGCGAGGAGAUCGUAUCGAGUGGAUUGAGAUAAACGACCAUUUUAAUAAACAAUGGACAUACUAAAGGCAGAAAUUGCUAGGAAAAGGAAGUUGCUGGAGGAUAAAAAGCUUGUGGACGAAAAAAAGAAAUACUUUAAGCGCGGUGAACUUUUGGCGCAGGAAGAGGAAGAAUAUCUGGAGAAAAGUGGAUUAAACAAAUUGGAUGGCGUUACCAGCAAUGGGUCAGCCGAAAAAGACGGCCAAUCUGCUGUAGGGGCCGAUCCUAAGUAUGACUUCAAAAAGUUGCCCCGGUCGGAAGUGAUCCGGAAGCUACGGGAACGCGGCGAACCUAUCCUGCUGUUUGGCGAAACGGAGAAAGAAUCGUGCCAUCGGUUGCACCAGCUGGAGAUAUCAACGCCGGAAAUUAAUCGCGGCUUCCGUAACGACUUCCAGGAAGCGAUGGAACAAGUGGACGAAGAGUAUCUUAACGAAAUCCUUUCCUCGAACGGACAGGCGCCCGGCAUGGGCAAGGCGAAAAAUUCCAACGAAGACUAUGCCAUCGAAGACAGCGUUACGUACGAAUCGAUACAGGAAAUGGCUGUGCGGUUAGGGCGCAGCGGAAAGGAUCACGACUGUCACGUGAUAAUGACGCUCAUACAGUUUCUGCUCAAAAUGUGGAACGACCAGCUAAGUGCGGUUACGGCCGCCGAGCGGAUGGCUACCAAGGGCAAAAUUGCACGGGCUACCUUCGAACAGACGCGGCUGUACCUGAAGCCGUUGCUUCGCAAGCUCAAGAACAAAACGAUCCCGGAAGAUAUUCUCGACAGCCUGACGGACAUUACGAAAAGUUUGCUAAAGCGCGACUAUAUCCAUGCGAGCGAUGCGUACCUGACCAUGGCCAUCGGAAAUGCACCGUGGCCAAUCGGCGUUACGAUGGUCGGUAUCCACGCGCGUACGGGGCGUGAAAAGAUUUUCUCCAAAAACGUGGCCCACGUCAUGAACGAUGAAACGCAGCGAAAGUACAUACAAGGGUUGAAACGACUGAUGACCAAAAUGCAGGAAUACUUCCCAACCGAUCCUUCACGGUGUGUGGAAUACGUUAGUAAAAAGGAUAGGCAAGACUGAGCUGUGGUCGAUCUUUCUUGAUUUAAAGAAUAAAGCAACGUGUUUAAACUCAUUUAACAACACGACACGA